AUGGCCCCUGCGUUCAUUCAGAACCUCAUUCCUCGUCGUGAGAAGACAGAGCGCGAGGAGUCGUUGUUCCAGACGUUUCGCAGUCUCACAUUUGUCCAAUGGGCGCUCUUCUUCUCGGGGUGGCUCGCAUGGACUUGCGACGCAAUCGACUUUUUCAGCGUGUCGCUGAGCGUUAGUCGACUCCAAGUUGCCUUUAAUCGAUCCACGAAUGAUUUGACGACCUCUAUUACGCUUACUUUACUCUUCCGUUCGUUGGGAGCGGUCGUCUUUGGUGUUAUUUCAGACCGAUAUGGCCGUAAAUGGCCGUUGGUUGGAAACUUGCUUCUCUGCUCUGCUCUCGAGCUUGGCUCCAGUUUCGUUCAAACAUACACGCAAUUCCUCGCCUUGCGUUCUUUGUUCGGUGUCGCAAUGGGCGGCAUCUGGGGUCUCUCCCCGCAUUUAGCCGCCUCGACUGCUCUGGAGAAUAUGCCAGUCGCGGCACGUGGUGUUAUCUCUGGUGUAUUGCAACAGGGUUAUGCUGUCGGUUACUUGAUCGCGGCUGUCGUCAAUCUUGGGCUCGUUCCCCACAAUCCCCACAGCUGGCGUGCCCUUUUCUGGUUUGGAUCUGCUGUAAGCUUUGUGGCGGCGGUUAUCCGUUCAUUGCUCCCCGAGUCUGCUGUCUUUUUGCGUGCCAAGGCCGCUCGCAAGGAGGCUGAAGCUCGUGAGGGCGAAAAGACUGGAGGGCCAAGCAAGACAAAGGUUUUCCUUCGUGAAACCGGACACAUGCUCAAGUCCCACUGGUUGCUUUGCAUCUACGCCGUACUACUCAUGGCUGGUUUCAACUUCCUUAGCCAUGGGUCUCAGGAUUUGUACCCUACUUACCUCCAAGAGUCGAAGCUCUUCACACCCCACCAGGCCACUAUUGCCACCAUCAUUGGGAACUGUGGAGCCAUUGCUGGUGGUGUAUUUGCCGGCUACGUUUCUCAAUACAUUGGCCGUCGCCUAACCAUUAUUAUCUUUGUCUUUGUCGUCGGCGCAUUCAUCCCGCUGUGGAUUCUUCCCGAUGGAUUCAGCAAGCUUGCCGCCGGCGCCUUCUGCCUACAAUUUGGUGUUCAAGGUGCAUGGGGUGUUGUUCCCAUUUUCCUUGCCGAGAUGAGCCCGCCGGCUUUCCGUGCCACCUUCCCUGGUGUCGCCUAUCAGUUGGGUAACAUGAUCUCUUCGGCAUCUGCCCAAAUCGAGGCUACUGGUGGUGAACAUUUGCGUACGACUGCUCAAGGAAAGGAUGUUCCGGAUUACGCCAAGGUCCAAGGUAUUUUCUUGGGCUGCGUAGCUGCCUACCUGGUAGUCGUCACGAUCUUUGGGCCGAGUGAACACCACGGUUCUGAAUUCGAAAAGCACAAGGCUGCGUUUGAAGAAGGUGGAGGAGAUGAUCAUGCUUAUGUCCAGGAGGACGUACUCCCACAGCCGUCCCGUCAUGGCAUUACUGAGGAGACCCCUCGCCAUGGCUCGGGCAGCUUUGACGGUUCUCAAGGUGAAAAGCCCGAGGUCAAGACGAUCGAGAGGGUAUAA